CGAAGGGGCAUGGUAUCGGUCGUUGGCAAUGAAGCCGGCACCGUACUUCACACUGAUAAUGAACUGAACACAUCUACUGACCGAGCAAUCAUGCAGGCGGAAAAUCUCAAGACACUAACCUCAGCACCUGCAACUAAUCCCAUUGAAACCGAUGAUCCAGCCGAAACAUCUGGAAUCAGAAUCCACAACGAUGUCGAGAAUGAUGAACAGCAGCCCCAAUGCAGUUAGUGGCCAACAAAACCUCGAGCAACCGGAGAAGAGAACGUCAGAGGUGAAUGCGAUGAGUGUUCAGGCUGA